GAACAACAACAAGAAAUAUUUAGUGGAGCAUAUCAGGCAGAAAAAAGACGGAUUAAUGCAGUAAAUGCCGGUUGCUUCAUGAAAGUUGAGAGAGUGCUAAAUGAAGUUCGUGGGUGUUUAGAACAGCUUGAUUUGACUUCUAUUGAUUCAGGUGAUCCAAUAGCAUUCAGAAUUAUAGAUAUUUCUGAAGGAGUAGAUAGCGUGGCAGAUAAGUUAUCAGUGGAGACUAAACAGGUUCUUGAGGAAAUUGAAUUAAAUAAACCGAAAUUUUCAGAAAAAAUGAUCACCAUGCUGGAUGAAUUUAUUAAUAUAUAUGAGUUAUUGGGUCCCAAUUUCGAUCUGGCUCUUGUUAACCCUAUUACAUUCUCACGAGACGAAAAUAAUUUGGGUGAACAUAGGGUUUUAUUAACAACAUUUGAUCUACUAGAAGGGCU